AUGUCGGCACCCUCGGAAGAGGAAGAAUACGCGCGGCUGGUGAUGGAGGCGCAGCCCGAGUGGCUGCGAGCCGAGGUGAAACGGCUCUCGCAUGAGCUGGCUGAAACCACGCGCGAGAAGAUCCAAGCGGCAGAGUACGGGCUGGCGGUUCUCGAGGAGAAGCACCAGCUCAAACUGCAAUUUGAGGAGCUUGAGGUGGACUAUGAGGCCAUCCGUGGGGAGAUGGAGCAGCUCAAAGAGGCAUUUGGACAAGCGCACACAAACCACAAGAAGGUGGCCGCAGAUGGCGAAAGUCGAGAGGAGAGCCUCAUCCAGGAAUCGGCCUCGAAGGAGCAAUACUAUGUGAGGAAGGUGCUGGAGCUACAGACGGAGUUGAAGCAGCUGCGCAAUGUUCUCACCAACACCCAAUCAGAGAAUGAGCGGCUCACAUCAGUGGCCCUGGAGCUGAAGGAGAUCAACCAAAAUGUGGAGAUCCAGCGAGGCCGCCUGCGGGAUGACAUCAAGGAGUAUAAGUUCCGGGAGGCUCGUCUGCUGCAGGACUACUCAGAGCUGGAGGAGGAGAACAUUUGCCUUCAGAAGCAGGUGUCUGUGCUCCGGCAGAACCAGGUUGAAUUUGAGGGCCUCAAGCAUGAGAUUAAACGCCUGGAGGAAGAGACCGAGUAUCUGAACAGUCAACUGGAAGAUGCCAUUCGACUUAAGGAGAUCUCUGAGAGGCAGCUGGAGGAAGCACUAGAGACCCUGAAGACCGAGCGGGAGCAGAAGAAUAGCCUGCGCAAGGAGCUGUCUCACUACAUGAGCAUCAACGAUUCACUCUAUACCAGCCAUUUGCAUGUCUCCCUCGAUGGCCUCAAGUUCAGUGAUGAUGCCACUGCCACCACUACGACUGAGCCCAACAAUGAUGCUGAAGCCCUCGUCAACGGCCUGGAGCACAGCCUCGCCAAGCUGCCUCUCGACAUCAGGAGCUCAGUGCCCCUCAAGGAUGGGCUUCCGCCACCCUCUCCCAGCCUGGUCUCAGACCUCCUCAGUGAGCUCAACAUAUCUGAGAUCCAGAAGCUCAAGCAGCAGGUGAUGCAGAUGGAACGGGAGAAAACGAACAUGCUGGCCGCACUGCAGGACACACAGAAGCAGCUGGAGCAGGCCCGAGGGGCUCUAUCCGAGCAGCAUGAAAAGGUGGGCCGGCUCACAGAGAACCUAAGUGCCCUGCGGCGCUUGCAGGCUAGCAAGGAACGGCAGACAGCCCUGGAUAGUGAGAAGGACCACGACAGCCAUGAGGAUGGCGACUACUACGAGGUGGACAUCAACGGGCCUGAGAUCCUGGCCUGCAAGUACCAUGUGGCUGUGGCUGAGGCAGGUGAACUCCGGGAGCAGCUGAAGGCACUGCAGAGCGUGCAUGAGGCCUCGGAAGCCCACCAUGCCCAGGAGAAGGGCCGCCACGAGGCUGAGGGCCAGGUGCUCGCUGAGAAGCUAGCCCUGAUGGAGAAGGCCAGCCGCCAGGACCGUGACCUGCUGGCUCGGCUGGAGAAGGAGCUCAAGAGCGUGAGUGAUGUGGCUGGGGAGACACAGGGCAGCCUGAGUGCAGCACAGGAUGAGCUGGUGACCUUCAGUGAGGAACUAGCCAACCUCUACCAUCACGUGUGCAUGUGCAACAAUGAGACACCCAACCGUGUUAUGCUGGACUACUACCGUGAAGGCCAAGGUGGGGCUGGCCACAGCAGCCCUGAAGGCCGAGGGCAGCGCUCUCCAGUCCUCCUGCCCAAGGGCCUGCUCACCCCAGAGCUGGGUAGAGCAGAGGGUGGAAAUGGGGAAGGCACUCCCUCCCCCAGCACCUCGUUGCCAUCACCUUUGAGUGACCCACACCGUGAGCCCAUGAAUAUCUACAACUUGAUUGCCAUCAUUCGUGACCAGAUCAAGCACCUGCAGGCAGCCGUGGACCGCACCACCGAGCUGUCACGGCAGCGCCUUGCCUCACAGGAGCUGGGCCCUGCUGUGGACAAGGAUAAGGAGGCACUGAUGGAGGAGAUCCUGAAGCUAAAAUCACUGCUGAGCACCAAGCGUGAGCAGAUCACCACUCUGAGGACUGUGCUCAAGGCCAACAAACAGACAGCUGAAGUGGCGCUGGCCAACCUGAAGAGCAAGUAUGAGAAUGAGAAGGCGAUGGUGACUGAGACCAUGAUGAAACUUCGGAAUGAACUCAAGGCACUCAAGGAAGAUGCUGCAACGUUCUCCUCUCUGCGAGCCAUGUUUGCCACCAGGUGUGAUGAGUAUAUCACGCAGUUGGAUGAGAUGCAGCGACAGCUGGCAGCUGCUGAGGACGAGAAGAAAACACUCAACUCGCUUCUGCGCAUGGCCAUCCAGCAGAAGCUGGCCUUGACUCAGCGGCUGGAGCUACUUGAGCUAGACCAUGAGCAGGCCCGGCGUGGCCGCACCAAGGCCACCUCCAGGGCCAAGCCCAGCACCCCAAGCGUAAGUCACACGUGUGCCUGCACCAGCGAAAAAGCCGAAGGCUCUGGGCUCUCCACUCAGGUGUUCUGCAGUGAAAAGUACAAUAUUUACUGUGACUAG